CACGUACACGGGGUACAAAAUGAAGGCGUAGAUAAAGAAGACAAAAGUGAGCAUUCUUUUGUACAACUCAGCAUUUAAAAGGAGAUAAAACUUAAAAGAAGGUGCAGUUUUUGAGCAGCCUGGCGUUGGCUGCGUUCCUCUUUGUUUCGCAAAGAACAAACUGUUCUAACCACACAAAACAUGAUGUGAGUCUUCAUGCUCAGCCUGGUGAUGGUGAAAUUCAAGCUAAGGAAUUCAGGAAAUCAUUUCUUAAACACUAAUAUACAAAAACUCAUCCUUUAACUUACUAUUAUGUUUGCAAUUUUAUGUCCUUUUUAUAAGGUUUCAAUGUGAUUCCACUUUUAUAGCAGUUUUAUUUUACUCUCACAUCCAAUGGGAAUCUCUACCAAACAGUGGAAACAUUGUGGACGUCAAAUUUGAGUGAGUGACACGCAGUACAAAAGUACAGGAAUCACUCUUAAACUGUUUUCUAACAUCCAAAUUAGGUCAAACAGCCUGUUUAUGUAAUAAAUGAAUACAUGAUACAGCAAUAAGAAAGAGACGUGGUAAAAAUGGCAUCCAUGGGAGAGUUCAAAGAGAAAACCACUGCUGACUCUAGAGAACACAAUGGCUCGUCUUACAUGUGCCAAAAAACAUCUUGAUGACUUUGGGGAAACUAUUCUGUGAACUGACAAGACAAAAGCUGAACUUUUAGGAAGUUUUGAGUCUGUUACAUCUGCGUAAAACUAACAGCAUUUCAUAAAAAGAACUUCAUAGCAACAGUGAAACAUGGUGGUGGUAGUGUGAUGGUCUGCGGAUGUUUUGGUGCUUUCCUGAAGUGCUAGCACACUUGGAUGUUCCAAAACACACCAGCAAGUUCAUCUCUGAAUGGCUCAAAAAAUAAAAAAUUGAAAGUGGCAUAAUUAAAAUCUGGACUUUGAUCUGAUACUUAACACACCACUCGUGCUUGAAAACCCUCCAGUAUGUCUGAAUAAAACAAUUCUGUAAUAAAGAGUGUGCCAAACUCCUCCACAGCAAGAGAGACUCGUUGCCGGUUAUCGCAAACGCUUGAAUGCAGUUCUUGCAGAAGACUUUAGCUUGCUCUUUACACCAGUAAUUACACCUUGUUAGCCCAUAAGCUCACAAUCCUGGCAUGUUUGGCCUCUGGCAACAUCUUUCAUCUCUGUAAAAUAAAAGCAGUGGAGGUCAAAGCAUCUCUAACACAUGAUACUUCUUCACUGUUUGUGUCUGCUGUAUGUAACUGUGUAGGUCAUGUUUUCCACACCAUAAAAGGAGCUCUUUUUAAAGAUUACGGUGUUUCUAGUAAAUGCUGCUGCCCUCCAUAACAAGUAUCUGCUUUCAAAGAGUUUUCCUCCACAAACAGCCGCUCAGCGAUCCCAUGUGCCGUUCCUGUUGAAGUGUAUUACUGUGGUGACCUUAAAAAAAGACAAAAAUAUUUUUGUGUAUUUUAAUGUCUUUAUAGAGCCUCCACAAAAACGUUACCCAAUAGUAGAAUAAUAUGCGUAACAUAAAAGGCUAAAUUUCCAUCAAAAUCACGAUGAUCUUUAACUUUCCUUUAAAGCUAUAAACCACUGUAACUGCGCUUACUUUGCGGGGGUGGGGGUAAUUUCUGUAGGUCUUCUUGAACCGCAGAUGCCCUACCUACCACAGCUUGCACAAAGAGACACACACGGGGAUGUUUCCAGCAGCUUGAUGACUGUGCUUAAGAAUCAGAGCAGCGGUACAACCCGACACUCCUCGGGGAGAAGCUCUCCAACAUCAGACCUUUCACACGAAGUGGAAAAACCACGCAGACAAUUUCGCGGUUUGAGGAUUGUGCAGACACUGAUGAUGAUGAUUUGGUGCUUCCAGACUGUAUUGUUGUUCAUAGCUCACCUGGUUCUCUCAGACUGGGCCCCGGCUGCCCCCCCAACCCAAAACAGCUUCUUCUACAGUGACUACCUCAAUGAAAGCGGCAACAACGAACUUCAUUUUAUUGGUAUGAAACUCUACGUGGACUCUGCUGAGCAAUCAGUGCUUUCGGUCAGAGGGGGUAAUGCGACCCUACAAUGCAGAUUUUGGUAUGAGCCUGCGCCGAGCUCACCAAGGGAGGUCCGGGUCAAGUGGUCUUGGCUGCCCGCCGCUGGGGGACAGGAGACUGAUGUGAUCGUGGCUUUCGGGACUCGAUUCCGAAGUUUUGGAGAUUUCAGGGGUCGUGUGCAGCUCCGACAGGAUUUCCCAGGAGAUGCUGCACUUGUGUUGAAUAAACUCUGGCUGAAUGAUACAGGUCGCUAUCGAUGUACUGUGGUGGAUGGACUGGAGGACCAAAGCGCAGUGGUUCACCUAGAGCUACCAGGUGUGGUGUUUCCCUACCAACACCCUCAUGGUCGUUACCAUCUGAGCUUCCUGGGAGCCCAGCAAGCCUGUAAGGAGCAGGACUCGACAGUGGCCACCAUCACACAGCUCUUCCAGUGUUGGAAAGAGGGAAUGAACUGGUGCAAUGCCGGUUGGCUAGCUGAUGGGACAGUCCAGUAUCCGAUCACGCAGUCCAGGGAGCCCUGCGGGGGAGCCCGCCUUGCCCCGGGUGUCCGCCGCUACGAUAGACUUCACCUCUACCCUAAUCACUACGAUGUCUUCUGUUUCUCCUCUUUGCUCCAAGGGAGAGUCUACUACCUUCAGUCCUCUCACAAGAUGAACCUGACUGAAGCUCAGCAUGCAUGUCAGGAGGACGGAGCAGAGAUUGCCAAAGUUGGACAGCUGUAUUCUGCGUGGAAGUUCACGGGGCUUGACCGCUGUGAUGCCGGCUGGCUGGCCGAUGGAAGCGUUCGCUAUCCCAUCACCAGACCUCGAAGUAACUGUGGUCCGUCUGAGCCAGGGGUACGCAGCUUUGGUUUCCCACCUCCACAGCACAAGCAUGGAGUCUACUGCUACAAGUUAGAUACUGAAAGCGUGUAG